UCUCGAACGAAACUGUAUUGAAAACGGAUCGAGAGGGGGUGAAAAGAAAAGAUCCUCCGAUAGCAUUUUAUUCUAGAUCGUAAGAAAUUCAAUUUGAAAUAUAUCGAUCGAUCUUUUGAAAGCUCGCUUCUAAAAGUGAUCGAUCUUAUCGAUAAAUUCAACAAAAAGAUUAUAAUCUUUGAUUUUCGUCAUAUUAAAAGAGUUACAGUUAAAUUUGUGUAUUAGAGUUAUAUAUACAUAUACAUACAUAUAUAUAUAUAUAUUUUUUUUAUUUUUUCUUGCCUUUUUCUCUUGGUGACAUUUAAAGGAUAAAAAAGAAAACAAAAGAAAUUCAUUUGAAAAGGGAAGAACUUUUCGAUGAAACUAUCAACGAGCUAUUCGUGAUUAGGGGUGAUCGUUUAAUGCCAAGACACGACGAAGACGAGAACGACGAGGUCGGAUGACAAGGACAACGCUGGUAGUGAUCCGAUCGAAGUGAUUUUAUCAGGAUGCAAACAGGCUUGGCGGAUGACGAAGAAGAGGACAAACCACGAUAUCACGAUUCGUGGAUUUUCUCAUUGUCCAAGGUUAAAUUUCUCCACGAAACCGAUGAGAGCUAUAGUGGACAAUAACUUACGAGGACUUGAAAGACGAACGAAGAUUCUUGCUUUGGAAGAAUCAAAGAAGAAAUUAUCGUGAGAUCACAAGGAAUGAAAUGGUUCAAAAGGAAAGUAUGUCAAAGUAUCGCGUCGAGAUAAGUCUGAUACGUGCCUUUAAUGUUUAGUCACUUUGAUGGUAUAAUCGAAAUUUAUCGAAACAUAAUUUAGCGUACAUUUUGAAGACUGAAUAAAUGUAAACAAAAAAGCGAUGAGAGGAUUAGCUGUGUUGGCCGCGGUGCAGAUCGCCCAAAAUCACUCGAACAGUAUCGUUAACAGUGCCGAUGAAAGCAAAACAUUGAUCGAAUUAGAUCAUUCGAAUAUUUUGGGAUAUAAUAUUUCAUCGAACAGUGGUAGUACAGGCAAGAACGGUCACUUCGAAACUGACUUGCACGGUCACGUAAACAUUUUACUCGGAGGAGCUAUGCUUAGCGGAGUGAUCAUGGUACUGAUAGUGAUAUGUUAUUGCUGUCAUAAAAAUAUGAAAAAAUAUCGACCUCAGGAAUAUUCUCAUUAUUGGAGAGCCGAGCCCGACGUCCAUAGUCUUGAAGUAUUCACUAUGGAUUCCCAUAUCACGUGCCCGGAGAGAGUAGCAAUGACGAACCCGGAAGAUGGAACCCAAGCUGCUCUUCCUUGUCCGUUGACACCGGGCCCACCUCCUGCUUACGAGAGUCUCAUUUUCGAUCCGCAAAGUCUCCCAUUCUCCAGCGAGAAAAAGGAUACCACGGAAGUUACAAUGAACGAGUCGACGAUGAACGAAGACGCUUCUACUAUAAAUUCGGAAACAAGUCAACCGAAGAAGGAAGAAAAUCCGAAAGACGAUAGAGAUCUACCUUCUUACGAGGCUGCUUUGAAAUUGGAAGCUGAUGGAUACGUCUAAAGUUAAGACGUUUAUUUAUAGUUUAGAGUGACACGGUGAAAGUGCCAGCCUCCAUUAUCUUUUCUUCGAUCGUAAAAGUCGAUAAAAGUUUUCUCACUCGUUUAAAGAAGGGAAAGAAAAAAAAAAGGAUAACAUCGAGGUGAAUCAACAAAUCGAGCUGCUCUUUUAGAUCAUAAGGAUUAUAUUCUAUUAGCUAUUAUUCUUUGAGAAUAAUCAAAAGCUUGACAUCCA